AUGUCAUACUACGACUCCCGAGAUAGUCGAGGCUACCGAGUCAAGCGCGACAGGUAUUCCCGUCCCGAUGGCGGCUAUGUGGAAGAAACCUAUGUAGACAACCGUGGUGGCUAUCCCUAUGACUACGAUACACGCCUUGUUCGUCGUCGUGGAGACAGUGAAGAGUCUGUUGUUGAAGAAGUUUCUAGAGAUUUUCCGCCUGGUGAGUCCUACUACGGCUACCCUCGUCGGGCGGCAACCGUUCGUGAGGGUCCACGCAGAGCACGCUCUGUUGGCCGCGACCCUUACUACGACGAAGAAUACUAUCGCCGCGAAGACUACCGACCCCGACGAAGCAAGCGCUCCGACGGCCGACGUGACCGCUAUGAACGAUCGACAUAUUCCUCCUCUCGCAGUCCUUCGCCUCGUCCCCGUAGACGCAAGUCUCUAGGGGAAGAAGCUCUGGGUGCUAUUGGAGGAGCUCUUGGAAUCAAAGCUGCCCGUGACCGCUCUCACGACCAUGACCGUGACUCCGACCGAGGCCGUUCCCGCAAGUAUCGCUCUUAUUCAGAUUCGCGUUCCCGCAGCCGAGGUCAUCGUGCCAAAAGUGAGGCUCGCAUCGCUCAAGCUAUGAAGGCUGCCUUGGCAGCAGGUGCAGCAGAGGCAUUCCGUGUUCGAAGUAUGCCCGGCCCUUGGACUGGUGAGAAGGGCAGGCGUGUUCUGACUGCAGCCGUCUCGGCUGGUGGUGUUGAUGGUCUCAUUGAUCGUGAUCCCAACAAACACGGUGGCCGCCAUGUGCUAGAAUCAAUUCUUGCUGGAAUGGCUACAAACCAUCUUGUCAACGGUGGUCGCUCUAAAUCGAAAUCUCGAAACGGUACCCGAGGACGUUCUCAAAGCCGAGGCGGUGUCGGGGACAUGGCUGCUGCCGGUCUGCUAGCCGCAGCUGGCAAGCAAGUCUACGACCGAUUUUCUCAAUCUCACGGUCGCGAUCGAUCUGAUUCACGGGACAGUCGCGAUGGUGGCCGAGAUUCCAAGAAGCGCAGUUCGAGCGUGUCACGGGCCUUAAACAAGGGUUUGGCGGCCCUAGGACUCGAUGACAAGAAUCAGAGUGACCGACGAAGAGACCGUUCUACACGGUCCCCGGACUAUUCAGAUUCUGAGGAUGACCGCUCAUACCGGUCAUCAAGGCAUGGAAGAUCUUCUCGCGAUGUACGUUCCCAACGAAGUAGUAGUGUCAGCGGUUCCACCUCCCAUGCUGUUGCCAAAAGAGAUAGAUAUUCAAAUGGCAAUAUUGAAUGUCAGAGUGAUUGUGAUAGCCUUGCGACAGUGGCCACGAUACAUGCCGCGCACGGUGUGAUCAAAAACCUUGAGGCUCAGAAGAAGCGACAUGAGGCUGUGAAGUCCGGUGUGAUCAGUAAAGAGCAGGAGCGAACAAUGCAGAGAAAGGCAGAUAUGAAGAAUCUAGCCUCUAUCGGGUUGGCUGCUUUGGGUAUUAAGGGUGCUGUUGACGAAUGGAAGGAAGUACAAGAACAUCAAGAGUUCGAACAAAAAUAUAUUCGCAAGGGUCUCACUCCAGAGCGGCUAGUGCAGCUAGCAUGA